UUGGGGAUGUGAGGAGGAGGUUCAAAGAAAUCAUCACUCUCUCUCUCCCCCUCUCACUCCUCUCCCUUUCUCUUACAAUUUUUCAAGAGCUCCCUAUACAUCUCCAAGUCAACAACAACAAUCUCUUCAUUAUUUAACAACUCCUUUAUGCAUCACUUUCUUCAUCAUAUAAUAUUUUUUGUUGCAAGCUCUUCAAUUGUUUAAACUAACUCAAUUAUGCUACUAUUUUAGCCUUGAAAAUCCUCUUUUCAUUGACUUCAUCAUCAUAUCAUCCCAAAGAACUUGCACCAUUAAACUAAACCCUCUCCUCAACUCUUUUACACUAUUUUAUUCAUAAAAAAAAAAAAAAAAAAAAAAAAAAUCUCUGGUUUCCAUUGUGGGUAUCCAUAUCUAUAAACCCCUAUGCUAUAGAUUAAAUCAACAAAAGGGUUUAUCACUUUCUCCCCUAUACAUAUACAUCCCCUGUUCAUGUACUUAUUGUCUUGAAAAUCUUGAUUUUUGUUCUAAAAAUCAAGAUUUCAACCUCACAAUAAUAUCUUCAUGAUUUCUCACAAACCCACAUCCAGUUGACUCUAAUUUCAAAAGGGUAUUUAAAAAAAAUGGAACUUGAUUGGCCUAAGAUGAGAAAAAGUGUGUUUUUAUUGCUUUUUGGCAUAUGGGUUAUGUUUGCAGUGGCAGUUGCAGAUGAGGGUAUAACUGGAAAUUCAUCAUCUUUAUCAACAAGGCCUAAAGUUGUGAAUAUUGGAGCUUUGUUGACAGUUAAUUCAGUUAUUGGGAGGUCUGUAAAGCCUGCAAUUUUAGCUGCUGUUGAUGAUGUGAAUGCUGAUACAUCUAUUCUUGGUGACACCCAUUUGAAUCUCAUUUUACAUGAUACAAAUUGUAGUGGAUUUAUUGGCACCAUGGGAGCUUUGGAGCUAAUGGAGAAAGAUGUGGUGGCUGCAAUCGGGCCACAAUCGUCUACAAUCGCACACGUCAUCUCACACGUCGUCAACGAGCUUCACGUACCUCUACUGUCGUUCGGUGCAACCGACCCGACACUGGCAGCUCUCCAGUAUCCUUAUUUCCUCCGAACCACACAAAAUGAUUACUACCAAAUGGCAGCCAUUGCUAACGUCAUCGAGUACUUCGAAUGGAAGGAAGUUAUCGCGAUUUUCGUAGACGAUGAUUACGGUCGAAACGGGGUUUCGUCGUUAGGCGAUUCGUUAGCUCAAAAACGAGCUAAGAUCGCCUAUAAAGCCGCGCUUACACCCGGUUCGUCAGUGGACGACAUAACCGAGGUGAUAACCGCGGUCAACUUGAUGGAGUCUCGGGUUUAUGUUGUUCAUGUGAAUCCCGACACGGGUCUUGAGAUUUUCGCGGUUGCGAAAAAGCUCGGGAUGAUGACGAGUGGGUAUGUAUGGAUCACUACGGAGUGGCUUCCGGCGGUGCUGGAUUCGUCAGCACCGCCAUAUUCCACCGUCGCAGCUCCUUUACAGGGUGUGUUGUCACUUCGACAACACACCCCGGACUCUGAUUUAAAAAAAUCAUUCACCACGAAAUGGAAGAACAUUAAGUCGAAGGAGACAUCGAGUUUUAACUCAUAUGCUCUUUACGCUUACGAUUCCGUUUGGUUACUCGCGCGUGCUCUCGACACAUUUUUCAAAUCCGGCGAAGGUAUCACGUUUUCCGCCGACCCGAAUCUUCAAAACACAAGCGGGUCCGAGCUGCGGUUAUCCGCACUUAAGACAUUCAACGAGGGUCCUAGGUUACUCGAAACGAUUCUAUCAACUAACUUCACCGGUGUAACAGGCGAAUUUCGGUUCGACCAAGACAAGAACCUCGUUCAUCCGGCUUACGAUGUUCUUAACAUCGUUGGUACCGGAUUUCGAACAAUCGGAUACUGGUCGAACCGUUCCGGUUUAUCCAUAAACCCUCCCGAAAAACUGUACGCGAAACCUUUAAACAGUUCGGCGAAUGCUAAACGUCUAUACGGUGUAAUAUGGCCCGGUGAAACGAACGUGAAGCCGCGUGGAUGGGUGUUUCCGAACAAUGGGAAGCCAUUACGGAUUGCAGUACCGUAUAGGCAUAGUUACAAAGAGGUUGUUACGAAAGAUGUUCGAUCUCCACAAGGUGUACGAGGGUAUAGCAUCGAUGUUUUUGAAGCGGCUGUGAAUUUACUACCUUACCCCGUGCCUCGGAAAUACAUUUUAUACGGAGACGGUGUUCGAAACCCGAGCUACAGCAAUCUUGUGGCUGCUGUCGCUGAUAAUGCAUAUGAUGCAGCAGUUGGAGAUAUUACAAUUAUUACAAACCGAACAAGAAUAGUUGACUUUACGCAGCCUUACAUGGAAUCGGGCCUUGUGAUAGUUGUUCCUGUAAAGAAGUCGAAAACCAGCCCGUGGGCUUUUCUCAAACCGUUCACCAUUGAAAUGUGGCUCGUCACCGGUGGCUUCUUUCUUCUUGUUGGAUUUGUUGUUUGGAUUCUUGAGCAUCGUUUGAACCACGAGUUCCGUGGACCCCCGAGUCAACAAGUCAUCACAAUUUUCUGGUUUAGUUUCUCCACCAUGUUCUUUUCGCAUAGGGAGAACACGGUUAGCACUUUGGGAAGAUUUGUUCUACUCUUGUGGUUAUUUGUGGUGUUGAUCAUCAACUCAAGCUACACCGCAAGUUUGACUUCGAUCCUCACCGUCCAACAGUUAACGUCCCGAAUCGAGGGGAUAGAUGGGAUGAUUUCAAGUAACGAGCCUAUAGGAAUUCAAGACGGGUCUUUUGCGCAUAAUUAUCUGGUCCAAGAACUUAAUAUUGCAGAAUCUAGAAUUAGACCGUUGAAAGAUAGAACAGAUUACAUAAACGCCCUUCGUCUUGGCCCAAACCGUGGAGGUGUAGCUGCCAUUGUUGAUGAGCUUCCUUAUGUUGAGAUUUUUAUGAGUUCUACCAAGUGUGAGUUCAGGAUCGUCGGUCAGGAGUUCACGAAAAGCGGCUGGGGAUUCGCAUUCCAAAGGGAUUCUCCGCUAGCACUCGAUUUAUCGACCGCGAUCCUACAACUUUCGGAAAACGCAGAACUACAACGAAUUCAUGACAAGUGGUUAACCACAAGUUCUUGUUCAACUCAAGCCGAAAUAGAGGUUAAUAGUCUUUCUUUAAGCAGCUUUUGGGGCUUGUUCCUCAUAUGUGGGAUCGCGUGUUGCAUUUCGCUCAGCAUCUAUGUUUGUCGAGUGGUGUGUCAGUACCGUCGGUUUAACCCCGCGUUAGAACAGUCACACGACAUUCCCGAGCUCGAACCCGAUUCAGCAAGACGGAGUUCGCGAAGAACGUUAAGGUCCACUAGUUUUAAAGAUCUCAUUGAAUUUUAUGAUAAAAAAGAAGCCGAAAUUAAGGAAAUGUUGAGGCGACAUAAGCGACAAGUUAACGGGCAUAACGAGCAUAAUGGUUCGCCUGACUGAAGGGAGAAUUACAUAUAUCCCCCAACGCGUACGAUGGUCUUUGACGGAAUAUUAUAUUUUGGGUAAAUUACUUUUUGAGUCCCUGUGUUUUAAUGGUUUUAACUAGUUGAGUCCAAAAUCAAAAAGUUUAACGACCUGAGUCCCUAUAAGCAUUUUCUUUAACCAUUUGAGUCCUUUUGAGUCCAAAUUUUAACCUUUUUAGUCCAAUUUUUUGGACUCAAAUCGUUAUAAAAUGAUCAAAAUUGGACUCAAAACGUUAUAAAAUAAAUUGCUAGGGACUCAGGGCGUUAAACUUUUUGAUUUUGGACUCAAGUGGUUAAAACCACUAAAACACAGGGACUCAAAAAGUAAUUUACUCUUAUAUUUUUCAAGUUUAGAGGAAAUAUAUGAAACCAAAUCUUAUGCAUAAGGGGAUAUCUUGUGCAUAUCUUGUGUGUAUAUAUGUACAUUUUCACUAGGUGAAGUUAGCUAUACUAUGUUUUAACAAAGAACAAUUUUAAACACUAUUUCAGAAUUUUAUAAUUUGAUGUACUUAAAAGGGUUUUUGGUGAAUAAGCCAUAAUGUAAUUUUAGUUCGUAAA